AUGUUUCACUCCUUCGAAGCCAACAUGCGCGUGAGGCCUGCCACUGCCGGGCUACGCGUGCUAUCGAUCGAUGGCGGCGGCAUCCGUGCGGCGAUUCCCAUUCAGUUCCUUUGCGCGCUAGAAAACGCAGUGGGUCUCGAUAUGCCGAUCCAAGAGUUCUUUGACCUUGCCUACGGAACGAGCUCAGGCGCGAUGGUAGUUCUUGCGCUUUACGGUCUCGGCAUGCGAGCUGAGGAGACCUUUACCCUAUUCACCCAGCUGGCAACACGAAUAUUCCGUGGGCGGAGCCAGCUGGGCCUGGGACUUGCUGCCACAGCCCAUGCCCUCAUCACUUCGUGUCGAAAUGGCCGGUUCCCUGCCAGCGACAUCGAUAGCGCCCUGAACGAGGCUUUCGAGGAAGCCACCAUGCUGGACGUCCCGUACAUGUCUUCAAUCGGGGCACGCGUUGGUCUGCCUGUUGUCGAUGUCGACACGCUGGAAACGUGUUUAGUCACGAGUUAUAACGGAGCUGCUCCCACAUACGACAAUGGUGCAUGUACAGAGAUGUCUACGUAUCGGAUUUUGCGCUCAGAAGACGCUACAGAGGAGAUAUGCGUGAAGGAUGCCGCACGAUGUACAUCCGCAGCCCCCUGGUACUUCACGCCGCACAAGAUACCUGGCCACGGCACAUUCAUGGACGGAGGGCUGAGCGACAACAAUCCCUGCAUGCUCGCCUUGCAGGAGCUCCAGAAGAUGGCUCCUGGUUUGAGCCUCGCUGAUCAAUUCGUGUCCGUAGGAACAGGCAUUUCGACAACGAGAGAGGUAGCUAAAGCCGACGUCUACCCCAGCCUGCUCUUCGGAAACAGCUCUCUGCAGCAGACCGCCAAGCACUACUGGAGCGAGAACUUCGAUGGCGACAAGAAAUUCGCCCUCAUGCGCCAGAUUCUGGCUACAUCCUUGCCCGGAGGGGUUGCUAACGUAGAUAGAUGGCUCCAUCGGUUCAACCUACCCGUAGAAGGUGAGCUACCUGAUCUAGCUGACGCCUCUGCCACGGGCGAUCUCGCUGAAGCAGCUCGUUCCUACUUUACGACGGACUCGGCUGUGCGUGACUUGGCCGACGCUGCACUCGCUCUCAGCUUCUACUUUGAGCUACGACCAGGACGCAUGCCAAUCUACGAGCGCGGCUCCUACACCUGUUACGGCUUGAUUCGGUGUCGUAUCCCCGGGCUCAGUCCCGCGUUCUCCACGUUGAUGCAAAAACUCGAUUAUCUAGACGCUAACUUCCAGAUCCAGAUGCAAGUGUGUGAUUCAAGACAAGCCAUGUCAACGUGGAUCGAUCGGCAUGGGAACUUUGGCCAACCCAUAUGUUUGCGCGUUUCCUCGUUCAACGAAGAACUAGACAUUCGCUUGAGACUGCACGGGGACCGUGUUCAUCCUAUAAGCGCUUCACCACUAACGUUCAAAACCUUGAUUGAUCUACAAAUGCUCGAAUGGAGUGCGCUCAAAGACGUGCACGUCACAGCAAGUGUAGCAGGUAAGAAGAGGCGACAAGACGACUCGCCUUUGCGGACAGCCAAGCGACGCUGUUUGGGGACGACGUGA